ACUGUUGCCUUUCUUUCGGCUUCUAUUUUUGAAUACGCUUUGCUUCGUGCUUCGUCGCUUUAUAUUUAAAACCGAAGAGGACUCGAGAGUCCCUCGCCUCUCAUGGCACUCAUGUCGUCGCGUAUUGUUCUCCAGAGAAACAGAUAACAGCUGUCAGCGAUAAACAGUCAGGAGUCUUUCCGCCUUUCUGCUAUCUAUCCUGGGGGCGGGGGACAUGCGAGGGAAGAGGCGGGAUAAUAGGUCGUCCUUCCGUGGCGGAUUCGCAGAUAUUCUUCACUUUCCCGGCAAGCUCAGCAUCAGUGGUUCAGUAAUACAACAUACUCUGGGCAACGCUGUUUCUCGAUAGUUGUGUUCGAUUAAAUUUGCGUUCAACUAUCUACACAUGUAACGAAACAGAUGAUACAUAAAAUCGCCAAAAUGAUACAUAAAUCAACGAUCGAAGUGUCAACGCUGAAUGAAAAUUUAACGAUUUAUCCGCGAUUACUGAAGACCGGCUCUUAUCAUCUCACGAAAAGACUCUUUUCGUUGGUGCAGAGACAAAUCAAGGUGAUAAAAUUGAUCAUACUAUUAGCAACGAUCUGCAUUAUUAUAUUGUUAAUAUUGACGAACCUAACGCGAACUUCGUAUACGAAGACAAACAUAGAAUCGGCCACAUCGCUGAAGUAUGCCACACCGAAAUAUCUAUCUGAUACAAUAAUACCGCGAAUAAUGUCAGAAAGUCAUAUGGAGAAUGUUAAAAGAGAGUUUGAUAACAGAAGGCACCAAAUGUCACGUGUAUGCAAGACAAUUGAAGUGAAAGAAUCGCGCUUAGAUACUGUGUUGACCAACAUGAUUAUCGAUACGGAGCACAAUAUAUCAUGGUGUCCUAUCUACAAGGCGGCGAGUUCUGCAUGGAUGAUUUACUUCGCCGCAUUGAAAAAUGUUUUGACAGACUUUACUAUGGAUUUAAUUCAACGCAAUCGUAUGCAAGUUAGCGAUAUUGUGAGGCAAAAAUUUCGACACGAUGCGAAUCUUAAUAAAACCUAUGAGAAGUUGAGCAAAACUAAGAGAUUCCUGAUCGUACGACAUCCAUUGGAACGUCUGUUAUCCGCGUAUAGGGACAAAUUGGAGCAUAUGCAGGGCCGCGAAUAUUAUUACAAACGUUUCGGACGACGCAUCGCGCUCAAAUAUCGUCAGUCCGGCGACAACGCAACGAGAUUAGAACCAACGUUCGCGGAAUUUUUGCGAUUUAUAGCCCACGAGAAGUACUUUGACGAGCACUGGGCGCCGUAUUAUCGCACCUGCGAACCAUGCGAGCUUCACUACGACUACAUACUGAAAGUCGAGACUCUGGAUCGCGAUCAGAACUUUCUCAUCCAGGAUACCAAACUGAGCAAUUAUCUCUACGAAGUGAAGCAUCCAGGAAACAUCAACCCUCAUGGCACAACCACUAGGAAAACACUCGACCAAUACAUCACGGGAAUACCGCGGUCGCUUCUCGAUCAGAUUUAUAAAAUCUACGAGAACGAUUAUAAAUUAUUCAACUAUUCGUUUAUAUAACUUGUUUCAUUUUGUAUAGGCAGCUGUUAUAAUUAUUAUGUGAUGUGUCAAAUAAAUAUAUUAAAAUUUGCAGAAAUUUUAUCU